UGCUUUAACCAUGGGUAUCCUGAAUGUUGAACGAGUAAAGCCUAAAGCGAUAACGCGAAGUUGAAAGAACGAUACUGCCGUAUCUAUUUUCCAUACUCGUUCUCCAUUUACCAGGAUUACCUGGGUCGUUUUCUUGCUUCUCUGUGUUCUCUGUCGCGUUGAUUAUCCAGUUUCCCAGAACGUUAUCAAUUUGUUAGGCAUCCUUAUCAGUUCACAAAUUUUGAGUAUUGAGUAAUUUCAGGGAGUAUUGAUGUUAAAAAUUUUAUUCUAUUGAGUAUACCGUUUCUAUAUUUGUGUGGAGAAUAGUUUAAAUGGAAUCACCAUUAGGCAUAGAAUGAAAUUGCUAUAUUUCUUCGACGUUAUCGAUUAUCCCAUAGCGCAUUAUUGCCUUGGAAAGUAAUGACAGCUCUUCACCUGCAGCUGUUGAAUUGCGUUAUUGAUUACAGACUUCGCGGGAUCUAAAUCAAAUGGAGGUGCAACCAGAUUCGCAUUUUUCAUUUUAAAUUUUCUCAAUAACGAAUUGAUGUAUUCGGAUUGGUCUGAGGUUGCUCAAUGAUAUCGAAAGUUUGCAUACCUUCAAGAUUAUGCAAUUCAUCUCGGAUCCCUUUAGACAGUUUUCACGAUGAUCAGAUUCUAUUGAUUUUUCCAACGUAAGCUCAGUGGCUUCGGCUUGAAUUUUUGCCUUCGAUAAUAACGCAACUUCACUCGGAUCUGGAUAACCUAUGCAUACAGACGCAACUUCGUUAUUCGAACUGAUCAUUUCAUCGAUUGUUUCGAAUGAUGCAAAUAACAAGUCAUCAUUAAUGAAAUGACUCGAUGCGCCUGAGUCAAGAAUAAAUGGAAUGAGAGUUGGAGAAGACGACAAUGAUUUUUCAGCAGAACAAAGUAAGGUUGCUGAGCAGAUUGGAGCAGAUUUCCAUCUUUAAUCUUUAUCAAAUUUUGCUCGACAAUUUUGAACGUGAUGAUUCGUUCUUCUGCAACGAGUACAGGAUUGAGAUUGACGAUUUGAGUUCGGUGUUGCUGCAGUAACCAAUGCGGAUUCCCUUGGAGGUUCGCUUUCAAAGGACGACGACGCAGAUGGGCCCUUACAACCAUCGCUGAUUAAUUUUUCGACGUGGUCCGGAAGUCCGGAUCGGUCAAAUUUGAUUUCACUGCUUUUAUUGAAGUAUGUAAAAAUGCGUAAUGUAAGUAGGUGCGAUCCUUCGGGGUGCCCCUAUAGAUCCUACUGCACACUACUCGUUUCUCCCAGGAUCGAGACUCCGUUCAGAGGUUUAACAGAUCAGCCAGAAUAACUUUAAUGGUUGAGAAAUAAACCUCUUAUUUCUCCACCAUCCGGUAGUUCGAUAGAAUCGAUCCUAACAUCAACCAUUAACUUAUAUUCGUGUUUUUUUUCGAGUUUUGUGUACAUUUUUUUUUCAUCUUUCUCGAUUUUUUUGCUGGUGUUGAUAUUAAAAAAAAAAAAAACGAUUUUUACCUACAUUUAUUGGUGGUAUUGUGCGUUUCGCGAAAGUGAAAGUACCUAUUUUUCUGAUUUUCGAGUAUUUUUUUCUGUACAUUGAUAUACAUUUUUUUUGAGUAAAAUUUAUCGGAAUUUAUCGGUUAAAAUGCGUACGCGAUCGGAUAAAAAUGGUGCUGAUGCUGAAGGCGGUGGCUCACCCGAGAUGACACCAGAAGUUCAGUUACUGAUACAGCAACAGGUGCAAAUGCAGGUACAGGCGAUACUAGCUGCUAGUAAUAAUUCGUUAUUUUCGGACCAACAGCAACUUAUGGCAGCGGAUAGGGCAUACAUUACGCCACCUUUUCAACUUCGUUCUAUGGGUGAACACGAAAAACUCACUGGGCAUAGAAAUUUUCGAGCCUGGCGAAAUAUGGUCGAGUUAGACUUACGUGCUCUAAAUCUAUACCCUUUUAUUACUUCUCCAAGAGGGUCAGAAGUAGAGAUUUCGCAAGUAAAGAGAAAUAUACUAGAUGCACAAACUAUGCAGUAUAUUACCCUGGCCGUUUCUAAGCAUAUUGCAACCAGACUUCAAGAUUUGACUACUGCUUACGAUAUGUAUAGGUACAUAUCACAAAAUUAUGGAUCUGGGAGAAUCCAGGAUAUGGUGGAUCUCCAUAAUCGAUUUGUUAGGCUGCGUUUUCGUCGUAAUUUUGACCCAGACCGAUUUAUGGCUGACUUUGAACAGAUGAUUAAUGAGUAUCAAAAUUUGGGAACAGUAUUCUCCGACGAAUAUAUAACCACAAUUUUUCUUCAAAAAAUAGAGGGGAUCUAUGAUCAUCGAAGCCCUUAUUCGACGUUUUUCUCUACGAUCACCACUCUGCCUGAUGAAAAUCAAACAUUAGAAUUCAUCAAGGAACGAUUUUUGAGGAUUGCUGAAAAUGACAAAAAUAAGAAAUUCUCUGAUAAAAAACCCUUUGAUUCUAAAAAGCCUGAAAAUGAUAAGCGCAACGAGUCUUCCUCUUCCGCCUCCUCUGUCUCUGGUAAAAAUCAACGAAAACGUCCAAUUGACUCCAUUGAAAAAUCCGACGAGCCAAAAGUGAAAAUUUCCAAACCUAAGUAUACACCUCAACAAGUUGAACAACUCAAGACCAUGUCCAAAGAGGAGAAAUUGAAAAUACUUUGCACGAAAUGCGGGGAGUAUUUCCAUAAAGAGAAAGACUGCCCAAAUCCAGUUGAAUUCAAAUUUUCAAUCGAAGAUUUUAUCAAAAUGAUGACAGAUUACUUGAAACUCGUAUUGUUCAAAAUGUAGCGUUUUUUAUCCUCUUUCCAAUGAUAUAUAGUUUUAUAUAAUUUGAAUGAAAAUAUUCGGUGCAAUUAGUGAUAAUAAGAGGACACCCAACAAUCAUUUUACACAGAUUCCGAGUUGAUUAAUAGUAAAUUGACUAAAAUUCAACAAUGGGUACACUAUUCGAUUGCAAAUGUUAUUCUCUUUCGAUCUUAUACAACAAAAUUUUCAUAAAAUCGCUGUCAAAAAUAUUAUUUAACAAAAAACAGUUUAAAAUUGUAUCAGGCCCAUUUAAACGCGUGUUAUCUUUGGCGUGAUUUGGGCCUGAUAACAUUGUUGCCAGAUUUAGCGGUUCCGGCCUGUUAAAUGAAGAGGGUCGUGACUGUACUUCUAAGGCUCGACCAUAGACCCCGACCCCUACCCAAACAAUCAGCCAUCCUUAUCACGAUGUUGGACUUGUAAAAAUUUACUUCGUUGAUCGUUGAUCUAAUCGCAAGCAAUAAAUAAGAUGAGUUCUGAGGAAUUUUAUCAAAUUCAAUCGCUAAAUUAUACUAAAAGAAAGAAAAAACCAAGAAAAAUCCUACAUGUAAGGCAGAGACCGGAAGCUGAAACAUAAAGCUUAGCUUUUCCCCUUUUGCGACUUUUUUAGUCGCACGCCGGAUGCGUCACAUCCAGAUGUAAACAUGGCAAAAUAGACUCAUUUGGUUUUUAAAUAUCUUAUCACGCAUCAGGGUAGGUAUUCCUGAAAUUU